UACUACACCAGACUACCGGUAUACAAUACCACAGGUAUAUGUCUCUAUUCUGUGAUAAUACUGGCAAUUGAUAAUGGAAACUGCUAAAAGAACAAAGACCAAGACCAUCGAAACAAACCAUUACAAAAAACCUACGUAUUCUAUUGCAUGUCAUGUCGAAAUAUAAUGGGAGAUAGUUUAAAUAUGGCAAAGAUGAACAAGAAUUUGAAAAGCGUGUCCAUGUUUGCGACGACGGAAUGCGUAUUUGUAACAGACAAGUAUGAAAUGUCGACGAAAGGAGAUGAUUUAGGAAGUUCAUAUUAUAUCCUGGAAUGCAAACACUGCGAGCAACCCAUUGGCAAAAUGUACAACUCGACACCAAAAGCACUCGACAGUUUAAGGGAUCUUUAUACAUUGGAUUGGAAUAAAAUCAAGACCUAUGAACUUGGAGUUUGCUCCAAUAAAAAAGUCAAAGUUGAUGAAACUAACCCUGAAAUGAUGGCAUAUUCUAUGAUGAUAUCUCUUAAUGAAACUGUGAAAUCUCAUGAAGCAAGAUUGCUUCAAUUGGAAUCGCUGAUUGAAGUGAUCGAGGAGGAUGAAAAUGAGAACAUGUCAGACGUAAAGUCCAAUUAUGAUGAUCAUCUAAAUCAAAGUGACAAGAAAAGAAAACUCCGAUAGAAAGAUGAUUAAUAUGACAGUCAUGCCAGAAAUUUGAUAAGAAAAUCAUGAAAAUUCGUAUUAGAGUUUUUUUAAGACUUCAGCAAGACACCGAGUGGAAUCCAUAAAUGCAUUGACAUUAGUCAAUUCAUGAAGUUUUGUUACGAAUUUAUUAAUGAACUUAUGAAAAAUAGGUUAAGUUUUGUUAUGAAUUCAUUUACAAAGGGAUGGCGGCAGAUUGAUAAUUGCAGGGGGCGGGCAGCUCGUUGAGCACAAAAACAAUUGCCUUCAUCAGAAACCAGCAAAGUAGAACAUACAUACAUGAAAAUUCAUGCCACACUGACACCCCCCCCCCCAAUUAUCAAUCUGCCACCGUCCUUGUUGCAGCUGUGUACAAAACGCUAUUUUGUUGGGUUUAAGUUUACUAAGUCACUUGCAAAAAGCUGUUUCAAAUAUUUGAUUUUUAAGAACUUAUUUCAGCACCCCCAAAAGCUAUGUUUUUGGGUUUUUAUAAACACUAUAUAUGUAGGGGGGGUGAAAAAUGCAUGAUCUUGCAUUAUAGUAAAUCCAAACAUAGAUGAACACUCAGGCUACGGUUAUUUGUACUUAUUUAAAUAUGUUCAAGUAUUAAACAACAAACUGUACAUUGUAUAUGUAUGCUAAAUAAAUUGUAUUAAAGUACACUUCAAGAA